AUGGCUCUUCCUUCCACUUCCCGUUUGGAAUUCCGACAAGGGGUUUCGUCGUCGGCUUUACCUGCUUCUAAACGGGGACAUUCUCCUCGCCUGGCUAUGUUUCCUACGGUUAAUUUGCCCUCGCCUUUGCCUGUUUAUGAUGACUUGGGUGAUUCAACUUUCAUCUGUCAAUUUUGUUCCGCCUUUUUCUGGUAUGCUGAAAGGGUUUUGUAUUUAUCAGAAAAGGAUCGUCCCUGUUAUACGCGAUGUUGCAGAGGUGGAGGCCCUUAUGUGUUUAAGGUAUCUGGUCAGCUGUCACAUUCUAUAGGUUCUUUUUGCCCUAAUGAUGGUAAGCCUCCGAGGUUUUUGCAGUUAUAUAUGGUAGACACGCAGCAUGAGUUGUCUAAUAGGCUGGCAGCUUUCCAGGACCCUACGAAGCAACCUUUGGAUCCAGGAAUUGUUGAGUUAUUAAUGGCUAUACUUACACUACAUAACGAAUAUGUACGUACCUUUAAAACAGUGAAACAAAUUGCUGAAGAAAGAAAUUUAGAUGAAUAUGUGGUUUGUAUUUUCAAUGAUGUUCCGGAUAGACGCUACACUCCUCCCGCGCCUGGUACUUUGGGAUGCAUUGUUUUUGGUGACGACUGUGUCAGUAGUAGAUACGAUAUACUUAUACAUUCUAAGGGUGGUCAGGCACAGCGGGUUAGUAACCUCCAUCCAAGUUACAUGCCACUGCAAUACCCUCUGCUUUUCCCGUAUGGUGAGGACGGGUGGUCACCUAGGCUGAAACUUUUCAAUGAAUCGGGUUCCAAAGCUAGAAACUUAACAGUGAACAUGUACUAUAGUUAUCAGAUACACGCACGUUGUAAUAUACACUCUCUUAUACUUAAUUCAUGUAGAUUGUUUCAACAGUUUUUAGUUGAUGCUUAUACAUGUAUCGAACAGUCUCGUCUUGAAUUCUAUCAAAAUAAUCAGGAACAUCUUAGAUCUGAUUUCAUCAGUGGGAUCUAUGAUGCACUUUCUAACGGAGAUACAGAAAGUCGUUCUGUUGGUAGACGUGUGCUUUUGCCCCCUUCUUUUGUCGGUGGCCCCCGAUACAUGUACAGCCACUAUCAAGAUGCCCUCUCCAUUUGUAGAGAACAUGGGAAUCCACAAUAUUUUAUCACCUUUACAUGCAAUGUGAAGUGGCCAGAAAUUAGACGAUACAUGUUGCUCCAUAAUCAAAACGAUGUACAUAGUAGAGCCGAUAUCAUUUCACGUGUUUUCCACAUGAAAGUAAAGACCUUUAUAAGAUUUCUUAAAGAAGACAAAACAUUUGGACCUGUAGUAGCACACCUGUACACAAUUGAAUUCCAAAAGCGGGGCUUACCUCAUUGUCAUACGCUGUUGUGGGUUGCUGCAUCACAUAAAAUACAAGAGCCUUCUGACAUUGAUGCAUUUGUUACUGCUGAACUGCCAGAUCCAUCAUCAGAACCAUUAUUAUACCACACCAUUACAACGUGUAUGAUCCAUGGUCCAUGUGGUUUGCUAAAUGUAAAUGCUCCAUGUAUGAAAGAUGACAAAUGUAAGAAAAAAUUUCCAAAACCAUUCCAACACUGUACAACCUUUGACAAAGAGGGUUAUGCACAUUAUAAGAGAGAUUGUGUGGCACACCAUACACUACAGAAUGGGAUCCAGGUAGAUAAUAGAUAUGUUGUCCCAUACAAUAAAAGGUUAUGCAGUCGUUUUGACGCUCAUAUUAAUGUGGAGUACUGUGGUUGGAAUAUGAUGAUAAAAUAUUUGUUCAAAUAUGUUUCCAAAGGAAUGGAGCGGGUGAGGUUUGUUGUUCAGAAAAAUGUGUCGGUUGGUCAACGUACCACCUCUUCACAACACAUUGUCGUCGACGAAAUACGAAAUUUUGUUGACGGUCGUUACCUUUGCCCUCACGAGGCUGCCUGGCGUAUUUUUGAUUUUCCCAUUCAUGAGCGCGAACCAUCAGUCACGAUACUCCCAGUUCAUCUCCCAGAUAAGCAGACAGUUUACUUCAAAGAAAACACUCUCAUCCAUGAUGUUGUUCAACAUCCAGAUUUCGGUUACAGUCUACUAUUAGGAUGGUUUGAAAAUAAUAAGUGGGAAUCAUUAGGAACAAAUCUCACUUAUGUUGCGUUUCCCACAAAGUAUUGGUGGGAUAAGGAUGCAAAAAUCUGGAAACGAAGAAAACGUAUGACAAGCAGUGCGAUAGGUAGACUUAUAUUUGUGCACCCUUCUGCAGGGGAAUUGUUCUAUCUACGAAUGUUGCUUUGUCAUCAGGUUGGUUGCACAUCCUAUGAGGAUAUCCGUACCGUUUGCAACAAGGUCUAUCCAAAUUUUCGUGCUGCAUGUGAUGCAUUGGGCCUGAUUGGAGAAGACAAAGAAUGGAUGACCGCAUUUACUGAAGCAUCUGAGUGGGCAACUUCAUUCCAACUAAGAUCACUUUUCUGUCGCUUGCUUCUUCACUGUGACGUUAGCGAUCCUAUGUCCCUGUGGGAAAUUGGAUGGAGAAAAAUGAGUGACGACUUACUGUACAAUAUCAAUUCACAGAAAUUGGGAUCAAAUUUACAUAUAGGUGAUGCUCAUUUACAACAAUUGGUUCUGUUUGAGCUGGAAGGAAUUCUUCAGUCCUCGACUCCUUCGAAAUCGGUCACUGACUUCCAUCUGCCAAACCAACGGAAGAGACAAUUAGACUACUGCAAAAUCGACUGA